UAUGGAUCUGUUGUGAAAAUAUGGCUAAAACCUUUUAAACCAGCACUUUUUAUAGCUGAUAAAAAAUAUUUUGAGCAUAUACUCGGAUCUAAAGAGCAUAUCAAUAAAACAAAAUUAUACGAUAUGUUAAACAUUCUUGGGGGGGAUGGAUUAGCAACAACAAAAGAUGUACAUAAAUGGAAAUGUGACAGAAAACUUCUCAACAAUAUUUUUAAUCAAUCUUCAGUGGCAAAUUAUGUCCCAAAAUUAAAAUAUCACGCUAAGAAACUUAAAAAAUUAUUAGAAUCUUACGAAAAUAAACCUGUUGAUGUCCAUGACAUUGUUUAUUAUACAACUUUGUAUAUAAUCAUAGAGUAUUUAACGGGUGAUAUUAUUUCUGAAAAAGUAGCAUCGAAAUUAAUUACAGCUGAAGGAAAAUCAUUAGAAAUAAUGCUUGAAAGAGCUAAAUCUGUAUAUAAAUCGAAUGAUUUUUUGUUUAGAUUUACAAAAAAUUAUAAACCUUGGUUGAAAAGUACUGAAGCAAUGGACAAUGUUUUUGUUUCAAUUCUUGAAGAGGAAAUUCAAAAACUGCAAUUAAAGAGGGACGAUUAUGGAAAGAAAGACUUUAUAACUGUAUUGAUGGAAAACCAUCAAUCCAUGUAUUCGAUCCUUUCACACCUUAAAACUUUCAUCUUGGCUGGUUUUGAUACAACCGCAACAGCAACUGGAUUCGUUUUAUACGAAAUAUCCCAAAGAGAAGAUAUUCAAAAAAAUAUAUACGAUGAAUAUGUAUCGAUUGUUGGUCUUAAAGACGAAUUUACUUUUGAUGAUAUACAAAAUAUGACCUACACAGAAGCUGUUAUAAAAGAAACUAUGAGGAUAUAUCCCCCGAUUCCGUUCACAGAAAGGAAAUUAAAAACUCCAAUCGAUAUUGACGGAGUAACUAUCCCUGCAGAUAUUGAUUUAGUAUUUUCGAUUCCAUCGCUGCAUAAUAAAAAUUUUUCAAAUCCUGACGAAUUUAAUCCUGAGAGAUUUUUAAAAGAAUAUGACAAUAUAGAUCCUUAUGAAUAUACACCAUUUUCGAUUGGUCCAAGAGAUUGUAUUGGAAGGAGAUUUGCUUUGGUUGAAAUGAAAUAUCUUAUUGUUUAUAUCGUAAGAUAUUUUUCACUACAUCCAGUUGAGCCACAACAUAAUGUAGAUUUAACGGGAGAUUUUGUAUUAAGGAGCAAAAACGGUCUUCCUGUUAUUUUUAAAAAACGCAUUUAAUAUUAUUUUGUUUAUAGUUUUCUUUCUCUUUCAUAUUUUACUUUUCGAAAUAAAUUCUACAACCAAAUCCAAUUAUUUUUUGAGUUGAUUAAGACAAAGCAUAAAAUGUCGUAUUAAGAAAUGAUGAAUUUCAUU